AGCUGCCCGGUCGGACAGUAUGGCGGUGUUCGGUGUACGUGGUGCUGUGCGUUUCGUCGUUGCAUAAUCGGCAGCCAGCGGCGAACGGAUCCGGGGGCGACCGUGCGGACGGGAACAAGCACGAGAACAGCCGACAGGAAGACAGAGAGCAUCGCGAGGGACGCCCUGCAUCGCGGCGGAACAAGGAUCGGAUAAAGUGCAGCAUCUACGACAGCCCAACGACAGUGCCUGCCGCCGAUCAAGAGAUAUGCCGCAGAGUGGAGGCGCACGUUGCUAACGGCGGCAAGAAUGCGGAAUUGGUCACCGGUUACGGAUCGGUAACGAACGGCGAGCGACACGGCAGCGUACCGCAGAACAUGUCGGCGAUCAAGGGUAGCGGAUCACCGGGGGCGGCGCGCAAUGUCCUCAGCAACUUCAAGUACGAGUACUUCGUCGCGGGGAUCUCCGGCGGCGUCGUCUCGACCCUGAUGCUGCACCCGCUGGACCUCAUCAAGAUUCGAUUUGCAGUGAACGAUGGUCAUACAAACACAGCACCACGGUACAACGGUCUCAAGAAUGCUCUCGCCCAGAUCGUUAAAACAGAGGGAUUGCGUGGGCUUUAUAGGGGUGUGACGCCAAACGUCCUAGGAUCAGGCAGUUCCUGGGGUUUUUAUUUCUUUUUAAAAUUGAUUUGCAGCUACAACACAAUAAAGACUUCGAUCCAAGGUGGCAAUUCGAAGAAACCGCUUGGACCAUCCAUGCACAUGUUCGCCGCUGCAGAUGCCGGAGUGCUCACCUUGCUCAUGACCAAUCCGAUCUGGGUGGUGAAAACGCGACUGUGCCUGCAAUAUGCCGAUGACGUGAAUAUGGCGGAGUCGAAGAAGUACCGUGGGAUGACGGACGCUUUGAAGAAGAUUUACAAGACGGAGGGCAUUAGAGGCUUAUACAAGGGUUUAGUUCCUGGAUUGUUUGGGGUGUCACACGGCGCGAUACAGUUCAUGGCGUACGAGGAGAUGAAGAACAAGUACUACAAUUAUCUAAACGUACCCAUCGACACCAAACUGAGUACAACCGAGUAUAUCAUCUUCGCAGCGAUGUCGAAGCUGAUCGCCGCAGCGUCGACGUAUCCCUACCAAGUGGUGAGGGCUCGGUUGCAGGAUCAUCAUCACGACUAUCGCGGUACCUGGCACUGCGUCCAAUGUACAUGGAGGUCAGAAGGACUUAGGGGUUUCUAUAAGGGCUUAUCACCAUACCUUUUACAUGUUACACCAAACAUAUGUCUGAUUAUCCUUAUUUACGAGCAUUUUACUAACGGUAGAUAAUCUGCGUCGGCACAUUUCAUUGCUGCGGAUGUAAGAAGAUUUUUCUUAGGCAAUUUUAUUUCUCCGUCAUGUAUAUAAAUAUAAAUGUAACGAUGUCCCCGAUUUACCAAACCUCACGAUACUAGCCGCCCGCGGGCGGCCACGUGCUUUUUCGGGUGAUGUGAGGGCACUCAAUUAUUUCAAGAUAGAGUUACGAUGCAGGGAGAGAAGAUUUUCGUUAUCUCGAAAGAAAGUCCCUUUCGUGGAAUCAUUUUUGUCGGAACAUGUUUAGUUGAACAUUUUUUCCGAACUCCGUAUAACUAAGCAUUAGCACUAAUUUUUAUCCUAUUUUGUCGUUAGGUAGUUAAGUAAUAUGUUUUAGCUUUCUUUCUGGUAUUUCACUCGAUAAUUCUCUCGAUAUUUUUUCUAUUACUCGUAUACCGAUUAAUUUAUAUCAGAUUUGUUGAGAAUAAUACGGUAAUGAAAAAAGGAACUCGCUCGACCUAAGGAAAUAAUUUAAAUAAGGUUGAUAUUCGUCGUUACCGUAUUAAAUUCUCGCAUUGCGAUGCGACGUAAAUGCAAGGAGUGGAAAGUCUGAAGCGGGAAUGAUAAAACGGAGAAUAUGCGUAGAAUGUGCGUGUUUUAUUUAUUUCAAUCUCUCAUCUCCUUUUUUUUUCUUUCAUAUUCAAGUUAACUUGAGAGACUGCAAUAGCGUAGAAAGUUACGAACGACGUUAGCUUAAUUAACUCCAAUUAAUUUAUAAAUGUGGAGCUUUAAUUGAUAUAAAUUCAUAGUCGAAUAUUGAUUGACGUAUUUUAUGCCUGGGGAAAAUUUUAUUACGAUACACGAAACUAUUUUAACACGAAACGUCUUCUAAUUAUGUAAGGUACGACGUUGCGACGAGUGAACGUAUGAUCAUGGAGUCAUCUUACGUUCACCGUGUCGCGUGAGAUACUCGAACGUCAACUAAACUGGUUUUAGUUGAACGUGCGUAGCUACAGACGUGCUUGGUUAUAUGUGUAUAUGUAUGUAUACGUGACAAGAAGUGGAAGGAGGAUAAUUAAUCUAAUUAAAUGAAAUGCUCUGUGCAAAUAUAAGAGCUGCAUAGGAAGGAACGUGAUGACCCCGCGCGACGGGCGUUUUGCAAUCUCGAAUAUACACGAAUUCAAUAACCAAGUAUUCACGUAACUAAUACGACGUAACGUAAAAAAAUACAUGUAUGUCUGUUUAUAAUGUUCGAAGUAUUUUUGAUGCAUAAUGAUGCGACGAACACACACACACGUAAACUGAUAACUCGCUGUGUUCCUGCUCGACGAGUUCUCGGCGAGUUCUGGUGCGGACUUUCUCAUCAAGCAUCGCCUGGUUCAGGCGAUCUGAUGAGUUGAGUCUUAGCAAAUGUAGUAGCGCAAGAAAAUUUGCUGAAUGUACUUUAUGUUUUAUUUUUUAUUAAGUGAAAAAACCGGCUCUGUCAUCUCUCUGUAAUGAUUACUUACCUCGCCCUAAUUAGGCAGAGUAUUUGAUAGAGUCCGUGAUAGGGGACGUGAUAGUGACGAAGUUUUGCAAGGAUCGUUGUAGAGUCUGGCACUCGGAAACUACGCUAGAUAGCAAUAACAUUUUAAUGUCAUUGCAAUCUGUAAAUAGUAGGAUGAAUUAUUAUUUAUAUCAAUUUCUUUUUAGCGAUAAAAGAUAGUAAGAGCCCGUUUCUUCGAUGAGAAGGAUUAACGGGCCUUGCGAAGGAAUAUAUACUUAAAGCAACAACACUGUGACGAUGUUAAUAAAUUCACACACAUAUCGAAAAGUGUAUGUCAUUAAAAUUAGCUAUUAGACUGUUUCAGAUC